CUCACUCCCAUUCAAAGCCCACAAGAACUUCUCUCUACUCUAAAUCGUGACUGAAAUGGACUCCCCAGCUACCCUCUCCGCUGGUCACUACGUAAUCUUCAACCGCGUUCUCAGCCCCAGGGGCGAGAAACUCGCGUUGACCUACCCCGGGAGGCAGCGUACCCCCGUCACCGUAUCCCCGUUGGACGGGAGUUCUGAGCAAGCCUGGAUCUUAAGGAGCUACGACUCGAACUCGAACACCUGGAGCAUCAGCCCCGCCAGCAGCCCCAACAGCCAGAUCGGGUGGGGCGCUGGUAACGUCCCCGUCGUCCUCCCUCCCAACAACUACGUCUGGACUUUGACAUGGACCUCUGCUGGAUACAACAUUCAAGAUGGCAAGAGGACCGUCUCUUGGAGUCUUAACAACGCCACUGCAGGAGAGGAGGUCUCCAUUGGCGCAGAUGCGACCUUCUCUGGCCGCUGGGUCAUCGAGAAGGUCUAGAAGACGCCUUCCUCAAGUCCCAGAAGAGCAUAUCUGGACUCUCAGUGGCGUAUUCCGGUCGGUUCUAGUCGAAGGAGCGCUAGAGUACUUCCAGUUGACAAUCAUGUACACCCGAACCUUGCAAUCAAUCUGAACGCGACUGGUGCCGCAAUGGUCAUGUCGUCAUUUCUUCCUAUA